AUGUCGACAAUCUCUUUCGCAAAGAGCAAAAAAGAAAUGAGUGCUGUCCCUCUUAGUCCAGAGAUUUUGAGAAUCAUCUUCAUCUUCUGCUCAUCGUCCGACCAUGGGGUCGCGUUCCACAUCGUGAAGCAGGAGGACAAGCUGAGAAGUCAGAAAGCCCUUUACGCAUGCUUGCGUGUCAACAAGACUUGGUAUAUGGCAGCAACACCUCUUUUAUACCGAGCUCCCAUUUUUCAAAACAUCGCUAGUUUCUUUUGUGGGAUAGACAGAUAUCUCUCAUCAACAAUCGAUGUUGGAACGGGAUCGACAUCUUUUGAAGGACCGAAAGGAAUAUAUUCUCAGAUGAUCGACCAGGGAAAUACCAAACUACCCCUUCUACAGUAUGUCCAAAGACUUCAGAUCAUUCCUCUGAUCAUACCAGAUGAAUACGAAGGCCGUGACUACGAUAGCGUUAUACGCAACGCCCAGCAAGCUACCUUUGAACUUGGCUGCAAACUCUUGAACGAUUCGCCAUUCAGACCACACUUGUUACCGAAAUUGGAUGGUAUCACGAUCGGUUCUCAGGAAGUGUUUGUAUUGGAGGAUGAAGAAUUUAUAAUGGAGGCUUUUGACCAGGGUAUAAAGGUGUUGAAAGGCAUGAUGACACCGUUGGUCAAAAGGUGUAUAUGUCAUCACGUUCCUCCCCGCGAGUAUGGAUGGGGUUAUUAUCAAAAUCGGACAUCCGCCGACUACGAGGUCGACAACGGUAUCGAUUAUGAUAAUCUACCUGAAAGGAUUGAAACUCAUACGGGGCUUGCUGAAGGUAUACCGCCGAUCAUAUGGGGUACAACAAACGUCAUAUCGAUAAGGACCGAGCUGGACACGGAUCAAAAUUCUUGGCCUCGGUGGACGAGCUCAAGAUACCAUGAGGAGAAUAACGAGUUGUUGAUGAAUGAGUUGUGGCAGUUCCAGAGGUCAGCCUCUGGUCAUUCCAACCGCGAUCACAACCAGUGGGAUAUGGUGUACGAUCUCGUACAUGCGAUUCGAGAAUCAAGGAUGAAAAGCAAGGCUACUCCGGUUGAAGAUCGCGAGGAGUGUAUGAGUAUGAGAAAGUUGGAUGAAAGGACGAAAAUUCAUUUUUACGGGUUGGAAAAACUCUUCGAAUGCUAUGACCUGACUUAUGAGCUUAGUAGAGAUAUCAUCAGCAGGAACCGAGUGAUGAGAGAGGAUAAGAAAGAAGAUCUGUCAAGUUGGCAUACCUUCUCACAUAGCCGAUUCAAUCAGACCAUCUUAAAUAUGAGAGAACGAGAGCAGAAGGAUGUGCUGAAAUAUAUGGACGAGGAAACCAAGCAUAAAUUGAAUAUAGAUGACGAUGGCAAAUGGUUGAGACAUAAACGCAAAUAUGGGAAGUUACGGGUGGCACCUGAGAUCAAAUUCUCCUUAUCGGUGGACUAUGAUGGAUGUGGAUCUUGUGGGGACGAGAAAGGGGAUGGAUGGUCGGUGAAACAAACGAGAACACCUGAAAGCAUGGUACCAGUCAUUAAUUGGGAUGCAGAAAGAUAUCUCGAAGAUUAUUAUAUGGAAGUCAUGUUAGGAUUUUGA